AAGCAGCCAAAUCCACAACCUGGCAUCGGCCGCUUCACCACCUCCUGGCAUCCGGCGAACCCCGGCGAGAAUGCGACUGCCCGCGCCGCCAUGAGCCGGAGCUACUACGACAUUGAUCCGGCGGGCGGCGAGGUGCUCUGCACGUACACCGAGGGCGGCGAGCAGGAGAAGCUCAAGUCCGAGAAAACCGAUGUGCCGCUGCUCAAGGCGAUCCUCUACGCGUUCCUGCCCGCCGGCUACCCGCACACCGUGACCGAUGACUACCUCGCGUACCAGACGUACGACUCGCUGCAGGCCUUCGCCUCGUCCAUCACGUCGCUGCUGGCCAACCGCGCCGUGCUCGAGGGCCUCGGCGUGGGCGACUCGUCGUCGUCGCCCACGGGCGCGCUGAUCCUGAAGAUCACGGGCGACACCAUCUCGCGCAUCGCCACCAUCCUGUUCGCCCACCGCAUGGGCCAGGCCAUCGAGCCCGAGUGCAAGUUCUACCGCUUCCUGGCCGACCUGUUCAACGACAGCGCCCAGUUCCUCGACCUGCUGACCCCGGCCCUGCCCUACUUCCCCAAGCUGGCCGUCAUCGUGUCGGCCGGCGUGCUGCGCUCGCUGUGCGGCGUCGCCGCCGGCGCCAGCAAGGCCAGCCUGUCCGCCCACUUCGCCGUGACUGGCAACCUGGCCGAGCUGAACGCCAAGGAGGCCUCGCAGGAGACCGUCGUCAGCCUGCUGGGCAUGCUGGCCGGCUCGCUGGUCGUUCGCCUCGUCGAGGACAAGCAGCUCGUCUGGCUGCUGAUGGUCGCCCUGGCUGCCGUGCACCUGAUCAUGAACUACCGCGCCGUGCGCUGCGUGCGCAUGCGCUCGCUGAACCGCCAGCGCGCCACCAUCGUCUUCCGCGAGUGGCUGGACCACGGCGCCGUGCUGACCCCCGCCCAGGUCGCCCGCCGCGAGAGCAUCCUGCGCAACGGCCGCGGCAACCUGGCCAGCAAGACGGGCGAGUACACGGGCUUCUGCGAGUUCGUCACGUACGGCCAGCUGCGCGGCUGGAAUCCUAAGGGCUACCACCGCUACGACUUCGAGACGAGCUCGUACUUCAUGGGCAUCUGGCACCGCGGCGGCCACUUCCACAUGCGCAUCGCCCUCAAGGAGGGCACCAAGAACCCGCUCUCGGCCUGGUUCGACGCCGUCAACCACGCCUACCACUUCGACUCGGCGCUCAAGGACGGCCUGCAGAGCCACUACGAGAACGAGAUGCCGCUGGGGUACGUGUCGGACGAGCAGAAGGAGACCAUCUUUGCCGCCCUGGCGGCCGCCGGCUGGGACCUGGAGGUGAAUGCGCUCGAGACGAGGCUGCCUGUGCGGGUGAGGGUCGGAGACGGGAAGAAAAUUGUCCCGUUCUCUGAAAAGGAACAGACGCGCCUCCUGAGCCACGGUCACCAGGAGGCGAAGAAUGACUAG